GGAAGAAACUCUGUCACCGUCGACAUGACAGCAGGUGGCAGGAUUCUAUAUAUCACCUUCCAUCCCUCGCCGGUGUCCAGUUGUGACCAUGGCCAACGGACCUCUUGGCUUGAAAUUGCUCUCACUCGGUACACACUUAUGAUGCACCCGAGCUUUUCCGACUCUGAUUAUGCAUAUAGACGGAGGAGGUAUACGCGGACUGUCUUCGUUAUUGAUCCUGUACGAAUUGAUGUGGAGGAUCAAGCAGACGGAAGGCCUCUCAGAACUUCCGCUACCGUGCGAAUAUUUCGACCUGAUAGGUGGGACGAGCACAGGAGGGUUGAUUGCCCUCAUGGUGGGACGCCUACGCAUGUCCGUAGGGGAUGCGAUAGAAUGCUACGGGAGGCUUUCUAGGAAGGUCUUUGGUAAGCCCAAACACGGUGUACGCGAUGGCAAGUUCAGAGCUACGAAAUUGGAGGAGGUCUUGAAAUCUAUCGUGUCGAACAGAACACAUGACGCCGACACCGAGAUGGUUGACGACAACUACGAAGCCUGUAAGACCUUUGUCUGCGCCAUGGACGCCCACAACAUGAACGCAGCUAUUCCCGUCCUGUUCUGCACAUAUACACAUCAUAAAGAAAAACGCGUAAAUUGCGCAAUUUGGCAAGCGGCGCGUGCUACGUCCGCUGCUCCCACAUUUUUCAAACGGAUCGAAAUUGGGCUGGAGAACAUGAAACAGCCAUACAUCGAUGGCGGGAUGGGCCGUAACAAUCCUGCUAAGGUCUUGCUGGAGGAGGCCAAGCAGGUCUUUCCCGGUAGGCGGAUCGCAUGUUUAAUCAGUAUAGGAACAGGCCGUGCCCAGACGAUAGCAAUCCCUCGUCCCGGAUGGUUUCAACGCACCUUGCCGCUCGGUGUUAUUAACGCAUUGCAGAUGAUAGCAACAGAUUGCGAACGCACAGCGGAGGAACUUGCACGAGAUUUCUAUGAUAUGCCGGAUGUGUACUUUAGGUUCAAUGUAGAGCACGGUUUGCAGGGUGUCAAACUGGCGCAGUGGGAUCGCCUAGGUGAGGUAGCAUCGCAUACAACGCAGUAUCUUAAGACGGCGGCGGUGGACCAGAAAGUAGACAGGGCGGUUAGCAUCCUUCGAGGGGGCAGGCUGGGAGGAAAUGGGGGUCUUCGUUGACCUAAGGACUUGAUAUCAGUUCUACUGUAGCA